AUGAGUUGCCUUGCAAAAGUGUUCGUCGGGUUUUUAGUAUUCAUAUUUUAUCUAGCAAGUAUUCCAUUUCUUAUUAUGUAUGCAAUUCCAAAAGUUCUUUUGGAAAAGUGCCGAAAACCAUCGCGAAAUCGUAAAAUCCGAAACUUCCGUGUCCGCCAAGCCGACGCAUUCACGGACUUUGAGAACAGAACUCUUCCAUCGAAACUUUUGCACAGUGAACGGAUUAAUGGAUCGAAAGAGAAUGCUGAUGAGAUUGAGAAAACGUUUCAGACAGUACUUGCUAUGGAUUUUCCCACUUUGAGAGAGGCGCUUCAAUCCGAAAAGUUCAACGCUUACACAGUGCUGAGUGCGUAUGUCUGGAGAGCAAUAAAGAUAAAUCGGAAGAUCAAUUGCAUCACUGAAGUUAUUAAGGAAGCUUUUACAGAUGCUGCAAGACUUGACGAUGAAUAUCGUGAGCAACCGAAACCCCCGCUAUUUGGAAUUCCGUUUUCUGUGAAGAGCAAUUUCUAUGUGACUGGCUACGAGGCUACCGUCGGACUGGCAAGCCUUCUCGAGCAACGGGAGACCACCACGUGCUCGCUCGUCAAAUUUCUCAAGAAUCAAGGAGCCAUCCCUUUCUGCUUGACAAACCUUCCACAGGGACUUUUAUCCUAUAUCACUUCUAAUCCAGUCUAUGGAACUACCAAGAACCCGUGGGACUUUUCUCGUACUCCUGGUGGAUCGUCUGGUGGAGAGGCUGCUCUACUUGCAGCCGGUGGUACUGUAUUUGGAAUUGGCAACGAUCUGGUGGGAAGUCUUCGGAUCCCUGCAGCAUUUUGCGGGCUGGUGUCGUUGAAGCCUACUCAAGAUCGACUUCACGAGAGUGAGAUGCACCCCGGGCUUCCUGGACGUGGACGGCUUGGUUACAGCUGUGGAUUCUUUACUCGAAAUGUGGAAGAUCAGGAAUACCUGUUGAGGCUGGUCAUUGGGAAGCCGGAAUAUCAACAAAUGUCACCGUAUUCUUCAUUGUCCCCGUUAUUAGACACUAGUUCGGAUGAUAAGCGGAAGCCGGUUAUAGGAUGGUUUGUAGAUGAUGGAUUCUGUUCAGUGUCUCCAUCGAAUCAGCGAGCAGUUGAGGAAACUAUUGGGAAGCUGAAGGAAUUGGGUUAUGAAGUUAAGGAAUUUAAAGUGAAUGAUAUUGAUACAAAGUUUCAUUCACACGCUGUGGCCGAUAUGUUAUUCAGAAACGUGAUGCCUGACAACGGAGAGUACAUGUCUGAAAUGUACGGCAGCGAGCCAUACGAUCGCUACAUGUCCCACUUCAUUCGGCUCGUCCGUUACAAACAAGUAUUCGUGAUUCGUUGGCUCGCCCAACACGUCUUACUUCCACUCGCCCAAUACACUCCGCUCAAAUCAAAACAGGUGCUGUGUCUUGGCAAGGCGUACAAUUCGGAUCCGGCGUGUGUUCGGCAGAAUCAGGAGAAAACGGAUUCGUACAAAAUGAAGUGGAUUCGAUAUUGGAAGGGAUUAGGCAUCGAUGCGUUGAUUUGUCCCUCGUUUAUCACCCCUGCCCAACCAUUCAAAUAUCCGGUCCUUCUUACAACUGGAGCCUUCAUAACUGGUCUAUUCAACAUGCUCGACUGCCCGUCCGCCGUUGUCCCAGUAGCUCCAGUCCGUGAAAAAGAAAACGAUAAAUUCGAGACAAACGGGGAUUUUGUGCUAAAACUUCAGGCAGCAGCAAUAAAAGAGACGAGUGGAAUGCCAAAUUCUGUUCAAAUCGUAGCACUUCCGAAUCAAGAGGAAAUGUGUUUGAAAGUGAUGAGAAUCGUUGAGGAGAUCAGUGAAGGAGUUCAGGUGUUGAGGUGGAAGUCGGAGAAUCAGACGAUUUGGACGAAUGGGGAUAGUUUCGAGUGUUUUGAGAGAUUCGAGAAGAAGAUUGCUCCAAAGAAAUAAUAUUUAAUUGCUUCGUAUUUCCUCUUAUAAC